AUGCUGCUGCCUGCUACAGCUCGACACUCAGGGAGGACAUUGUGGACUGCGUUGAAGAGGCUGUGUAGACCAUCGCCAGGCGGUUCUCUGGGGGUCUCUCUCGGGCUAUGCGUGUAUGGUAACGGUGUCACGUCUGGGAUGAAUUCAACACGCCUCUGCGCCUCUGUGGAUCUAAAUUAGCCAGGAAUAUGAGCAGAAGAAGAGGAUAAGUAAGCGCGGCGGCUGGCUUCCUGCAGGAUUUUUUGUCCAGGCUUUUUUUGUUUUUCCGUGGACAUGCUUGGUCUAUGGAGCAGAGCUGAGCGAAGCUAGCUGGCCGACUGUCCGGCUAGCGCACCAUUUCCAGGUUUUUGGAUGAUUGUUCAGCUGAAGAGCUGAUUUAUUUUGGAUCAGCGCUACCUCCCACCCCUUGGUAAAGGAGUCAGCAUGGGGGAGCCCAGCCUGGACGACGCCAAUGUCAAGGUGGCUGUUCGUGUACGGCCCAUGAACAGGAGAGAAAAGGAACUAAACACUAAAUGUGUUGUGGAGAUGAUAAAGAACCAGACCAUCCUCCAUCCAGCGGUGACUAACCUGGGCAAAGGAGACCCCAGGAGUCAGCCCAAGGUCUUUGCCUAUGAUUACUGUUUCUGGUCCAUGGAUGAGACGGAUAAGGAAAGAUUUGCCGGUCAGGAGGUGGUGUUCCAGUGCCUUGGGGAAAGUCUUCUCCACAAUGCCUUCCAGGGCUACAAUGCCUGUAUCUUUGCCUAUGGACAAACUGGUUCAGGAAAGUCGUACACCAUGAUGGGUUCAGUGGACCAGCCAGGGCUGAUUCCCCGGCUUUGCAGUGCUUUGUUUGAGCGAACCCAGAAGGAGCAGCGGGAGCAGGAGAGUUUCACCGUUGAAGUUUCUUACAUGGAGAUCUACAACGAAAAGGUCCGGGAUCUGCUGGAUCCCAAAGGGGGCAGACAAACUCUGAGAGUGAGGGAACAUAAAGUUUUGGGUCCCUAUGUGGAUGGCCUCUCUCGGCUAGCUGUGGCUAGCUACAAGGACAUUGAGUCUCUGAUGUCAGAGGGGAAUAAGUCUCGAACUGUCGCCGCAACCAACAUGAACGAGGAGAGCAGUCGAUCACACGCUGUAUUCAACAUCAUCCUCACACACACACUAAAAGAUUUGCAGUCUGGGACGAGUGGUGAGAAGGUGAGUCGGUUGAGUCUGGUAGACUUGGCUGGAAGCGAGCGAGCAGCAAAAACCGGAGCAGCAGGGGAACGGCUAAAGGAAGGAAGCAACAUUAACAAGUCUCUGACUACGCUGGGUCUGGUGAUCUCAGCGCUGGCUGAACAGGGAACCGCCAAGAACAAGAACAAGUUUGUUCCUUACAGAGACUCAGUCUUGACAUGGCUACUGAAGGACUGCCUGGGGGGAAACAGUCGCACAGCGAUGGUGGCAACCGUAAGUCCCGCAGCGGACAACUUUGAGGAGACGCUUUCGACACUGCGCUACGCCGACCGAGCAAAGAGCAUAGUCAACCACGCUGUUGUUAAUGAAGACCCCAAUGCUCGCAUCAUCAGAGAGCUCCGAGAGGAAGUAGAGAAACUACGUGUGCAACUGACCCAAGCAGAGUCUUUGAAAGCUCCAGAGCUGAAAGAUCGUCUGGAAGAGUCGGAGAAGUUGAUUCAAGAAAUGACCAUAACUUGGGAGGAUAAGCUUCGUAAAACUGAGGAGGUUGCACAGGAGCGUCAGAAGCAGUUGGAGAGUCUGGGUAUUUCUCUCCAGUCUUCAGGGAUUAAAGUUGGAGACGAUAAGAGCUUUCUCGUCAACCUUAACGCCGACCCUGCUCUCAAUGAACUGCUGGUGUACUACCUGAAGGAACACACAAAGGUGGGCUCUGCAGACUCUCAGGACAUCCAGCUGUGCGGGAUGGGUAUCCAGGCAGAGCACUGCAUCAUCGACAUCACAGCAGAUGCUGCUGUCAUGCUCAGCCCCCACCGCAACGCUCGGACAUGUGUAAAUGGUUCUCCAGUAACCAGCGCUCUGCAGCUUCACCAUGGUGACCGAAUUCUCUGGGGAAACAACCAUUUUUUUAGGAUCAACCUGCCUAAGCGACGCUCUCGUGCAGCAGAGGAUGAAGAUGGUGAGGGUGGUGUAAUGAAGAACAGUGGAAGCAGUGAGCAGCUGGAUGCAGACGGUGAUACUGCCAGCGAAGUGUCCAGUGAAGUCAGCUUUUCCUAUGAGUUCGCCCAGACGGAGGUCAUGAUGAAGGCUCUUGGCAACAACGACCCCAUGCAGGCAGUCCUACAGUCUCUUGAGAGGCAACACGAAGAGGAGAAGCGCUCCGCUCUGGAGCGACAAAGGCAGAUGUACGAGCAGGAGCUCCAGCAGCUACGCCGGAAGUUGAACCCGGACCGCCUGUCUACCGGCCAGUCUGGAGCGCCGGUGUCCGGCCAGCAAGGGCCAGGACAGCAGUCUCACUACCGCAGCCUUGAGAGACUCAGUACAGGAGGCAUGAGCCAUUCGACCAGUGCUCAGAGCAGAUUGAAGCAGUGGAAUGAGGACAGGGAGGCGGUGUUGGUGAGGAGUUUGCGGAGGUUACGGGAGCAGAUAGUGAGAGCAAACCUCUUGGUCCAAGAAGCCUGUUAUAUCGCAGAUGAACUGGAGCGGCACACCGAGUACAGGGUCACCCUGCAGAUCCCGUCAGACAACCUCAACGCAAACCGCAAGAGGGACGCUGUACUCAGUGAGCCAGCGAUUCAGGUUCGACGUCGGUGUCGAGGGAAGCAGAUCUGGAGUUUGGAGAAGAUGGAGAACCGUCUAGUGGACAUGAGGGAGCUGUACCAGGAGUGGCAGGACUACCAACUCCAUGACCAUGACAACCCUGUGAUGCGCUCAUAUUUCCGUCGAGCAGAUCCAUUCUUUGACGAGCAGGAAAACCACAGUCUGAUUGGAGUUGCCAAUGUCUUCCUCUCUUGUCUAUUCUACGAUGUUAAGCUGCAGUAUGCUGUUCCCAUCAUCAACCAGAAGGGGGAGGUGGCAGGGCGUCUUCAUGUGGAGGUAGUGAGGGUCGGAGGGGGUUUAGAGGACAACAUGGCUGGAGGAGAUGAACCUGACAACAAUCAAGAUGAAAUCCAGGAUCGUAAAUUAGUCUGCAUGAUUAAGAUCCUGCAAGCUACUGGUCUGCCACAGUACCUGUCCAACUUCGUCUUCUGUCAGUACUCAUUCUGGGACCAGACUGAGCCAAUCAUCGUGGCUCCUGAGGUAGACCCAUCGUCCUCAUCGCCCAGCACCAAGGACCCUCACUGCAUGGUGGUGUUUGACAGCUGCAAGGAGUUGGCGGUCUCCGUAUCAGAGGAUUUCAUCGAAUACUUGACCGAAGGGGCGGUCGCCAUUGAGGUGUAUGGACACAGACAGGCUGAUGCAGGCAGGAACCCUGCCCUGUGGGACCUCAGCAUCAUUCAAGCUAAAACACGCACACUACGAGACAGGUGGAGUGAGGUCACACGGCGUCUGGAGCUGUGGAUUCAAAUCCUGGAGAUUAACGAGAACGGAGAUUUUGUCCCAGUUGAAGUGGUUCCUGCUAGAGAUGUCCACACCGGAGGAAUAUUCCAACUUCGGCAGGGUCAGUCGAGGCGGAUCCAGGUGGACGUGCGUUCAGUUCAGGACUCGGGCACCAUGCCUCUGAUAGCAGAGAUUGUGCUUGCGGUGUCGGUGGGCUGUGUGGAGAUCAGGCCCACCACAACCAACCAGGAGGAAGAUGAGAUGGACAGUUAUCAGGAAGGAGAUCUGGAGCGUUUGCGACAUCAGUGGUUAGUUGCUCUCACCAAGAGACAAGAAUACCUUGACCAGCACCUGCAGAACCUGGUCAGCAAAGCAGAGAAAACAGAAGAUGACACGGAGAGGGAGUCUCAGUUGCUGGAGUGGCGCUUAACUCUGACAGAGGAGAGAAAUGCUGUCAUGGUGCCCUCUGCUGGCAGCGGCAUUCCUGGAGCACCUGCUGAAUGGGUUCCUCUGCCAGGCAUGGAGACUCAUAUUCCUGUCCUCUUCCUCAACCUCAAACCUGAUGACCUCAGCUCUCAAGACCAGUUUGAGGUCCCUGAAGCUGGAGGUUGGGAUGCCACCUUGAGUGGAGAGGAUGAGGACGAGUUAUUUGACCUGCAGAUUGUCAAACACUACGAUGGAGAGGUGAAGGCAGAGGCGUCGUGGGACUCCACCGUUCAUGAGUGUCCACAGCUCAGUCGUGGGGGAGCUUGGCCGGAGCAGCGGGUAUACCUGACAAUUCGAGUAGUGGUUCAACUGAGCCACCCCGCCGACAUGCAGCUAGUGCUGAGGAAGAGGAUCUGCGUCAACAUCAACCCCGGGCGCCAGGGUUUUGCCCAAAACUUACUCAGAAGGAUGUCCACCCGCAGCACCAUACCCGGCUGUGGGGUCACCUUCGAGGUGGUCUCUAACAUCCCUGGGGACGCCCCUGGUUCAGAGGACAGAGAGAUGCUGGCUCGGCUCGCCGCCAGCGCUCACAGCAGCCAGUCAGGCGAUGAUGAAGCCGCCAUUGAGAAAUACCUCCGCAGCGUCCUCAGUCUGGAGAACAUCCUCACUCUGGAUAGACUCAGACAGGAGGUGGCAGUGAAGGAGCAACUGGCUUCGAGAGGGAAAAGCAACAGAAGGAGUCUAAGUUCUCCAUCUGUCCACCGGCUGUCAGGAAGUAGACAGGACCUGUCCACAACCUGCCUGCUGGACGAUAAGGAUCGAUGGGAGAGCCAGCAGGACAUCUUUAUGCCCUCUCAAUAUCACCGCACGCUUCCCCGACCCGCCUCCUCCCCUUCCACCUACUCCACCUCCCCUUCUUCAUCCCCUACUCCCUUCGCCUCGAGCCCACAGCAGAACCAAGAACCAGAGCAAGGUCGUUCAGGACUUGCUGCCUCUUAUCUUUCAGUUAAGGCGCUGGUCCCUCAGAUGCCCAAACUGCUCAAGUCUCUGUUUCCAGCGCGAGACGACAAGAAGGAGCUGAGACCGUCGCCACACAGCCAGCAGCACAUGCCUCGUAUCAUGCCGCCAUCAGGAGGGGAGGACAACAAAGUGAAGUCUGAGACGGCUGCUAUUCUACGGCCCCCGACCAAAGACAAGCGGCCAGAGUUCCCAGAAGUCCCUCCUCUUCCUGUGCAUGACCCGCAUGACAUCACACCCCUCAGCCCCCUCAGCCAGUCGUCAAGUGGCUACUUCUCCAGUAGCGUUUCUACGGUUACCCUGUCCGACGUCCUCCAGCCCUCCUCCUCGUCCUCCUCCCUUCUGGCUGCUGAGGCUGCGUUACCCGCAAACCCCCAGCAGCAGAGCACUGACAGGAACGAUGUAAUGACCUCUCCUUCUCAGUGUGGCGUCAAGACGGCCACGGCCACCGCUCCUCCUCCCGCCACUUCCCACAGCUCAGCCAAUCACAACAAUGUGACCGCAGAAAACUCUUUCUCCAAACAGAAGCUGCUCAACUCAGGAGGAGGAGGCAGCGAAGGUUUUGAAAGGCUGGAGAUCUUUGUGGACGAUGAAGAGCGUAGCCAUGACGACGAGCUGCCCGAGUGGCUGACAGAAGGCGUGUAUGUUACAGUAGGGAGCAAUAAGGCGGGGACGGUGCGCUACGUGGGAACAACGCAGUUUGCUGAAGGAGUGUGGGUGGGGGUGGAGCUAGACACUCCUGUAGGCAAGAAUGACGGUUCAGUCGCAGGCCAUCGCUAUUUCCACUGUAAACUGGGUUAUGGGGUGCUGGUCCGCCCAGACCGGCUCUCCUGCCGCGAUCGCACUAGUCGGCGUACGGGAGAGUUCUCAUCUACGGCCCACGUCCCUGUCCUGCGAGGAGAAACCAUCGUUUCCCGCCGGGGGGAGAACCGCAAAUCCUGGAGCAGUUGAAACAGAGAAAACAAGGAGCUGGUUGGGAGAGAUGAACUCCCCACAGUCCUCCUCCUCCUCUCUUCUUCUUCCUCCUCCCAGCUAUGCAACUGGCUCACACAUCAGAACUGAUAUACUGCCUACCCUCUACUAGUUGGAAACUACACUCACUACAUCCGCUUGUGGUUAACGGAUGGAAAUAAAAUCUUUAUGAUAAAGACAGUAAAGAAACUAUUCAGAGCGAAUGCAAGCAAGUCAGUGACAGACUAUGCAGAGUAUAUAUAAGUCCAGAGAAGGACUAUUUAUCAUAACUACGGUAAGUGGAAAGAUGCUAAAUGAACAGCAGUCAGUGGGAAGACUGCUGAGAGUGAAUGGAAGUCGGCGCAGACAUCAUAUUGGGAGUGUCGGAGCUCUCCUGGGUUGUGGAUCGGAUGCCUCAGGGCUGCUUCCUACACACAGGGAUGCAAACUAGUCCCAGUUUACGCAGACGUGUUUUUUUUUUUUCAGCAUCUGUGAACCCUCUAAACUUCAAGAUUAUAAUUUAAAUGUGGAGGUUUAUUAUAGAGCAGCAUAACAAACACGUUUAUCAGCAUUAAAAAAAAUCAUUUUUUUCCAAUUGGGUGCAGGCAGAUGCUCUGAUUCGUCUCCACAUUUUCUUUCAUAAUGGAGAUCAUUCAUUGUGAGGAACUCUACUAAAAAUAUCAAGAACAAUGAAGCUGUGCUGAAAAGUGCUCCAACCUGAAAUCACAGCAGUUAAACUGACUCUGAUGUGUUUGCAUCCCUGCAUACGGGACACCCAAUCUGUUCGCCAGAUGUCCCAGAAUCCCCCUGCUCCUGCCGCCACUCCCCCUCCCCCCUGAACUCUGCAGGUCCAGUGUGCGGACCGACACUUCGGCUCAUCUCUUGAGACUCGUCUCUCCCUCCUGGACUCCCCAUUUCUUUAAAAAAAAAAAAAAAAGACAAAUCCUCCCAGAAUGUGCCUUCACCGCGGCUCGGUUUGCAUUCGUUCUCUUCAUAUUUAAUUUCUAUUAGCUGUGUUUGUGUUUAAGAGAAUGCCUUGUGCUAAGUGUGAGGUGAUCUCAGGGACUGCAGAGGGGGAAGGAGGGAGGGAAAGGACACGAAGGUGUGUGUGUGUGUGUGUGUGUGUGUGUG